GUGGCACUAUCCUACUGAUUUGACUGAUUUCCUCCUCAAACGAGUCGGCAAUCCCACCUAUAAAGAUAGCACCUCAGAUCCCUAAUCUGCACAAUUGCAAGAAGAUAAAAAUAUAAGAAUUCUCAAGCGCAGCUUUGUUCAAAACGCUCUCAAGAUGCAGAUCUUUGUUAAGACUCUCACUGGAAAGACAAUCACCCUUGAGGUGGAAAGCUCUGACACCAUUGACAAUGUAAAAGCCAAAAUUCAGGACAAAGAGGGUAUCCCACCGGACCAGCAAAGGCUUAUCUUCGCUGGUAAGCAACUUGAAGAUGGUCGCACUUUGGCUGACUAUAACAUCCAAAAGGAAUCCACCCUUCACUUGGUGCUUCGUCUCCGUGGUGGUAUGCAAAUCUUUGUUAAAACCCUUACUGGAAAAACCAUAACUUUGGAGGUUGAAAGCUCGGACACUAUUGAUAAUGUCAAGGCUAAGAUCCAAGACAAGGAGGGUAUCCCACCAGACCAGCAGAGGCUUAUCUUUGCUGGAAAGCAGCUGGAAGAUGGUCGGACCCUUGCUGAUUACAACAUCCAAAAGGAAUCAACCCUCCACUUGGUGCUCCGCCUCCGCGGUGGUAUGCAAAUCUUUGUGAAGACCUUGACGGGAAAAACUAUAACCUUGGAAGUUGAAAGCUCGGAUACCAUAGAUAAUGUCAAGGCAAAGAUCCAAGACAAGGAGGGUAUCCCACCAGAUCAGCAGAGGUUGAUCUUUGCUGGGAAGCAAUUAGAAGAUGGAAGGACAUUAGCCGAUUACAACAUUCAGAAGGAGUCCACCUUGCAUUUGGUGCUUCGUCUGCGUGGAGGAAUGCAGAUUUUUGUCAAGACCUUGACUGGAAAAACCAUUACUUUGGAGGUUGAGAGCUCCGAUACCAUCGAUAAUGUGAAGGCUAAGAUUCAAGACAAAGAAGGUAUCCCACCAGACCAGCAGAGGUUGAUUUUUGCUGGCAAGCAGUUAGAGGAUGGACGGACCUUAGCCGAUUACAAUAUUCAAAAGGAAUCGACUUUGCACUUGGUGCUGCGUUUGCGAGGAGGGAUGCAGAUUUUUGUGAAGACUCUGACCGGAAAAACCAUUACAUUGGAGGUCGAGAGUUCAGACACAAUUGACAAUGUCAAGGCGAAGAUUCAGGACAAAGAAGGUAUUCCACCAGAUCAGCAAAGGCUUAUCUUUGCAGGCAAGCAGCUUGAAGACGGGAGGACUCUUGCAGACUACAAUAUUCAGAAGGAGUCUACCCUUCAUCUGGUGCUGCGCCUGCGUGGUGGGAUGCAGAUCUUUGUGAAAACAUUGACUGGGAAGACCAUUACCUUGGAGGUCGAGAGUUCUGAUACAAUUGAUAAUGUGAAAGCAAAGAUUCAGGACAAAGAAGGAAUACCUCCAGAUCAGCAGAGGCUUAUCUUUGCGGGCAAACAGCUUGAAGAUGGAAGGACUCUGGCGGAUUACAAUAUACAGAAGGAGUCCACUCUGCACCUUGUUCUUCGCCUUCGUGGUGGUUUCUAAUCUGUUUCAUUCCCGUUGUGUAAUGGCUCAUAAUAUUUGACGAACUUGCUAUAAUUUGGUGCUUUGGCAUGGUAGUAGUAUCUUGUGGGAACCGUUGAGGGGCCACGUUCUGGUCAAGCUAUCGGUCAUUUAAAUAAAGUCGUGCUUUCCCUUAA